AUGGACCAGCCAACUCAUAGUUCUUACAAAGAUUUUACCUUCUAUCGAACCAAAUUAAACCCCUCACUGUCUAGCCUGAACCAGUAUCUAAAUCGGGAAGCUGGGGCUGCGAGCACGGUCACAGUCUUAGAUUUUGGGGAGCAUGAGACAACAUCUCAACAUCAAAUGGUGGAAGGGGUGGAUUUAUCUCAUUUAACCACUACAAGCUCUUUGGUUUCUACGAGAAUCAUCCUUAUCGAAGACAUCAGCCCACGACUGAUUAGCAGCGUGGGUGCAGCAUUUGAUAUUGACCCUUCCUUCUUUGCCGGCUACAUCAGCACCGAUUUUGAAGCUAUUGAGAAUAAACCGCCGACGCCCUCGCUUGUCACACUCCCAUCUGUCACUGCUGAAAGGGGCCAGCUUCACCUUCAUUAUCAUCUUGUCAUGGAUUUGGGGAGUGCAGAGACCUUUACUACAGAUACACCUUACGCAUUGAAGACCGAUGCAAAUGUUGCCCGAAAUGUUAGACGACUCCCACCUUUAUCGGGAAGACAACUCGCUCUUGCCCGCGCGUGCUGUUUGUUUCUUGUUGAUUCGCCGAUUAAGGUUGUGCUUGAAACUGGGAAAUCACACAAUCGCUAUAAUGCCAAACCCUUACAUGGUGGCUACGAAGACUUCAACCCACCGCCAGUAUUCUCCUCAUUCUCGCUUGAUGUAGAAAAGAAUUUAGACUGCAAUCGGUCAAUGGCUGGCGGCAUACUCCGCCACUUCAUGACACCUCCAGUAUUCUCACCCAUCUCACCCCAAAUCCUUAGCAUUAGCUACUACGCUCUUCGAGUGAGCCUAUCUGAAUGGCUGCUCUAUACGCUCCUCAUAAGUCGAUACUGUAAGCACUAUGAGUACUCCCUCAACGACAUCUCCACAAGGCUCCAUGACGAUGAUAUCAUUGAUCUACAACGCUGGCGGCGUCGAACCAAACAAAGCCGCCAAAAGCUGGAAAUCCUCGCACACUUCAUCGAGUACUGGGGACAGGGACUAGACAAACAGGCCGGGAAUAUAAUGCUGAAGGACAUACAGUAUAUCCAGAAGCAAUUGGAUGAUUAUAGCCGGUCACUGGAGCAGAUGCUCACGGUAGCAACCUCGAUGGUACAGCUGCUCGACUCACGCCGUGCGAUUCUUGAGGCUGUGAGCGUCAGGCGACUAACGUAUAUCGCACUUAUUUUUGUGCCAUUAUCCUGGGUUUCAAGUUUGUUUAGCAUGUCAGACACGUACUUGCCGGGGCAUAGCCGGUUCUGGGUGUAUUUUGCUGUGGCAGUUCCGUUGGUUUUUUCAUGCUUCCUCUAUGAGGCCUGGCCUAUGUACCAAUCGCGAAUGCCACGCAACUUCUCCCCGUCACCGCACUGGAAUAAUCGAAUCGCGCAUCAAACCCGUCCGAUUACCACGUCAUCAAAACCCAGCGACCCGGUUUCGUCAAUCGGCGAGAUCAGGCAACGUUGCGGGCUGAUGUUCAGCAGAGAUGAUCUUCAGCAUAUUAUCGCCUGGGUUGGUCUUUUCGGUUCAUUCUCACGUCAUACACAAACCCCACUGAGCGAUGUCGAUCUACUCGUGGGUUUCAAGAAGGACGCAUUGGAGGAUGAUAUAUACUUUAUGGGAGACUUGACACGAGAGUUGAAAGGCGUGCUUGAGAGAGAUGUUGAUGUGCUCUAUAUGCGUUAUCAACAACCCCCAAACUUCAUCAAUUGCCAGGCUUUGGUCACCGGCACAACGGUGUACGGUUCUAAUGAAUGGCUGCAAGACAACCAACCUCGGGCAGAAAGACUGCUCUCGGACACUCGAACCAGAUUUGUCAAGGCUUUGCGUUUAAUGAAGCAAAUGACUGGAAGCCUAGCGCCUCUUUCCCAGAAGGAGCUAUUCACAUCCCCCUCUUUCUUUGCUGACCUGAUCGGCAAUUUGAAGAAACUGCUUCAUCUACUCUACUCAGAAGACCGAGAUGCUGCAGGAAUAAAUAACUAUUUUGAUAUUCUUUAUGAAUGGACAGAGCCGCUUCCUCAAAUCAUUCAGCGGUACCAAAUAGGAGGCCUCGAGUCAUUAGACGGAGAGAGCCGAGAGCGCCUUUGGCGCCUUUUGACUACAAAUUUGCCAGACCGUGCUCGCUCGCUCCAGAUUAUAUAUCUGCUUAUUGUCCAAGAAGUCUUUGAUACGAAAAAGGCACAAUUGGAUUCUUUCACGAUGGAAUAG